AUGGCCCCUCCGUCCAAGCUCGCAAUAGCAACUGGCGUUGUGCUCCGCUUAGUGAAGGAGGAAGCAAGCUACCAUAAAGAGAUUGAGCAGCAAGAAGCACGCGUCAAGAAGGCCGAAGCCAGUCAAGAUGAACACAAUGGCGAAUACACACUCAAGCAAGAGCGUCAAGCCCUUCAGGAGACCAAGAACGUACUGCCCGGCAUGAAGGUCAAGAUUGAGCAAGCAGUCGAGAAACUGGAAGAGGAACUUGUAAGUUGGACAACUCAUGAAGUACACAAAAAUGAUGGUAUUGACCAAACCUAG